UUCAUGUGACAUGUCUCCGGUGUGAACAACUUCCGCCCCUGACGUCACUGUUGUUAGCAAAAAUGGCGGCGUCCUGUGUGCGAACCGUGGGAUCGUUUUUCGGAAAAUGUGGGAAUUGCAGGUCGAUUUUUAAUAGUGUUACGUCUCAGUUAAGCCGACAGGUCCUUAGCAGGCAGAUAUGCAUGAGCUCGGUCCUCCACAGAAAAAACCUGGCAUCUGAAGGACCAGAAAAGUUUACGAAGGAGUUCAUCCAGAAACAGGUGGAGGAGUAUAACAUCGGGAAACGGCACCUGGCUAACAUGAUGGGAGAAGACCCCGAGAACUUCACCCAGGAGGACAUAGAUAGGAGCAUAGCUUACCUCUUCCCCUCCGGCCUGUUUGAUAAGAAAGCUCGGCCUGUCAUGAAGCAUCCAGAGGAAAUAUUUCCAAAGCAGAGAGCCGUCCAGUGGGGAGAGGACAGACGACCGUUCCACUUCCUGUUUUACACCGGCAAACCAGCCUACUACUCCCUGCUCCAUGACAUGUACAGCAAAAUCCUGAGCAUCGAGAAGUACCAAGAUCAACUGAGAGCCAAGGGACUGUUUAACCAGGACGCCAAGCGAAUCCUCUUUGGAACAAGCAGGUGGUUCACAAAGGAGGAGCUGGAAGUCACGCUGGUCGAGACCAUAUCCUCUCAUGACUACGAUCGCUUCCUCCAGCUGAUGGAGCGCCUGCUGUCCCUGCCCUACUGCACCAUCGAGGAGGAGUUUGUCAUGAAAUACCGCCGGAAGCUGGAGACCCAAUCCAUGAACCAAACUGUGCCCCCGCUGGAGAGAGACGACAGGGGCAUCGCCUUCAGCACCUCAGAGGGUCGGAGGAAGACAUCCACCGCCUCCGUGGUUCUCCGAGAUUGCGGCUCGGGACGCGUCACCGUCAACGGCCAAGACUUCCUGCUCUACUUCUCCGUACUGCAAGACAGAGAGCAGGUGAUGUUCCCGCUGCAGUUUGCCGGCAUGCUGGGACGCUUCGACCUGGAGUGCACCUUGAGUGGCGGCGGCAGAUCCAGCCAAGCGGGGGCGCUGCGUCUCGCCAUCUCACGGGCCCUGCUCAGCUUCCUGUCCGAGGGAGAAAUGGAGAACAUGAGACAAGCUGGUCUGCUGACCCCUGACCCGAGAGUGAGGGAGAGGAAGAAGCCGGGCCAGGAGGGAGCACGAAGGAAAUUCACCUGGAAGAAACGCUGAGGAGGAGAAUCGCCUCACCUGAGCUCAGAUAUGAAACACUCAGACUGGCCUCUGGUGUUGACGUGCCCUCAUUUGAACUGAUUUCCUCAUCUCUUCCCCCAAAGUCCAGGGUCACUUCUUAGUUUAUUUGAGCUCUUGGAUGAACAGCUUUUGCGUCUCCACACGUUCUCACAGGGAGCCGUGUUUGAAGAUGCAAUGAGUCUCUUCAGCCACCAGAUGGAGAUAUAUGUCAAGGAAUAAGAGAAAAUCUAUUUAUCCGUGUAUUAAACAAUAAAUCAGGUUUUUCACAUAAAAA